UGUCUCUUUAAAGGCAGCGGCAGGAGGCAGGCCCGCCCCUCGCACCUGGGGACCGGCCGGGCCGGGCUGGGCUGCAGGAAGCAGGAAGUUUGGGCUGAAACUUCGCGCACCAGGAAGUGUCCGGAGAGGCGAGAGCGGAGCCCCCUGGAGCAUGGAGGGCACUGCUGGCAGCGGGAUGGCGACCGACCGGGUGAAGAACCUGCAGAGCGAGGUGGAGGGGGUGAAAAACAUCAUGUCGCAGAACGUGGAGCGGAUCCUGGCGCGGGGCGAGAACCUGGACCACCUGCGGAACAAGACCGAGGACCUGGAGGCGACGUCUGAGCACUUCAAGACGACCUCGCAGAAGGUGGCCCGCAAGUACUGGUGGAAGAACGUCAAGAUGAUCGCCAUCAUCUGCGUCAUUGUGGCCAUCAUCGUCAUCCUCAUCAUACUCUUCGCCACCAACGUCAUCCCCACAUAGGCCACGCCCCGCAGCCUCUUCCUCUUCCCCCACUCCACAGCUUCCCUGCCCCCACUGCCUGAGGAUCGCUGGGCUGGGGGGGGCAACGCCUCCUGUCAGCCCCCUGAGGCUGCCCCUCCCUAUGCCAGGAGGGGGAGGGCACUCGUACCCUGACCCCCAUUGCCCCCGUGAAAGCUCCUUGGGGACUGUAGCCCCCUGAGGGGAACUCCCCUGCUCCCUCUGGCUCUGCCCAGCUCCCUUCCCCCAAAUCCUCUGUCACCCCCAUCGGUGUUCCCAGGCUGGCAGAGCCAAGCCACGGGGGAGCAGCUCCCAGCCCCUCUCCAUGUGGCUGACGGAGCUAGAUCUGCCACCCAUGGCCGCAGCCCCCCAGCUCGGCUCCAGGGGGCGGGGUUGUGCCCUCUGCCCAGUGUGGCUGGCUCUUGUCCAGCUGAGGGAGGAGGCGCUCCUGGGGCUGGGGUGAUGGGCUUGGAUCUGGGGAAUGCUUCCCCCCCCCGCACGUGCCCUCUCUGGGGCAGAGCUGGGCAUGGGCAAGGGCUGCUCUGUCCUGAGCCAGACGCAGCCCCGCAAGGAGCAAUCUACCUUUUGCCUUAAUAAAUAACGAGAGAAGGAGAGAUCCCUGCAGGAGGGGGCGGGGGAUUUGUCAGCAACCUCUGUCUGUCCAGGCCGGGGGCUCAUGGGCUUCACAUCCUAGGUUCUCAUAGCUAUCCCCACCCCAUGGCACCCCAUAGUCUGCACCCCCUGUCCUGCCUGGAGGGGCAGGUGCUCUUGGGGGUGCAGUAACCCCCUCUUGCCUGCAGGGGGAGACUCUGCCAAAGGGAGCACCUGGGAGCUGGCGGAUGCCCUGUCGACUGGGGGGGCAGGGAGGGGUGAGCAGGGCUUGUUGCAGCCUCAAUCCCCCCCGCCCCCUCCCCACAUGCCCUGAGUUUGGCUGUGUAUGUGGAUCUUAGGUUCUUAUGACCAGGCUCCCCCAUCAGACCUGGGGGGGUACCUGAGCCGAGCAGUAGAAAUAG